AGUCAACCUUUCAGUCGUGUGGGAACAGAGGGCGCAGAGACGUGUCCUCUUGUCGUGGCAUUUUUGUGAAGAAAAAUUUGGGCAAAAUUAGGGAAAAUAGGGGUUUCUUAGUGUAUUUAGUGUAUCUGUAGAGCCAUGUCGGACCGCAAGGAGCACCGUCAGUGGGCAACGAUAAUCUUCCUGUGUCUAUCGUGGUACAUUGUCUCAUCGUCGAACAAUGUGAUUGGGAAACUGGUUCUCAGUGAAUUCCCUUUUCCCACAACCGUCACCAUGGUCCAAUUGCUCAGUAUAACGGUGUACAGUGGACCCUUCUUCAAUUUGUGGGGUGUCCGGAAGUAUGCAGACAUGUCCUGGCGAUACUAUGCCAAGAUCAUCAUCCCCCUGGCAUUGGGGAAGUUCCUUGCCUCAGUUUCUUCCCACAUCAGCAUCUGGAAGGUUCCUGUGUCCUAUGCUCAUACAGUUAAGGCGACUAUGCCCCUGUUCACGGUGAUUCUGUCCAGGAUAAUCCUCAAGGAGAAGCACACGACACUUGUUUACUUGAGUUUAGUGCCAAUUAUCACAGGCGUGGGCAUCGCAACGGUCACUGAGCUGUCUUUUGACAAGAUUGGCCUCAUCUGUGCCCUCCUGUCCACCAUGGGCUUCUCCCUCCAGAAUAUUUUCUCCAAGAAAGUGCUGAAGGACACGGGGGUGCAUCAUUUGAGACUGCUACAUAUUCUGGGGCGACUGGCACUCUUUAUGUUUCUCCCAGUGUGGUUCUACAUGGAUUUCUUCAGCAUAAUCGCGCACCCGACAGUCAUAACGCGAGACUACAAGGUGCUGGCGCUCCUUUUUACGGAUGGAGUGCUCAAUUGGCUACAGAAUAUCAUUGCCUUUAGUGUUCUGUCCCUGGUGACUCCCCUCACGUAUGCUGUGGCGAGUGCAUCGAAGAGGAUCUUUGUGAUUGGGGUGUCUCUGUUGAUUCUGGGAAAUCCAGUGACGUGGGUCAAUGUCUUUGGGAUGGUUUUGGCAAUUUUGGGUGUGCUUGGAUACAAUAGGGCAAAGUAUCUGUCCAGACAUACAGACACCAAGCCUCCAGUCUUGCCAUUCACCAAUCAACAGUGGAAUUAUAGUCAAUUGCCCAGUACGGACAACUUCUAUGGCAAUGGGAAGGCUUAUACUAAUGGGAUAAAGACGACAAAUCUCCUUCUGAACAAUAAUACAGCCACAACAAAUAAACUCCUCUUCGUUUGAGGAAGUUCCGGAGGAAGGGCUUUUGCCUGGAGUCGCAUGUUUUUUUUUUAAGCAGUAUUUGGCAUGGUGAGUGACUUUCUCUGAAUGUGGGGAGAUUGUGGAGUACAAUUGAAGCCAGAUGGCUUCGAGCUAUAAAAAGUCCUAGUUAAAAAAAAAGUAUAAAUGAUUAAUUAAAUGAGAGAGAGAGAGAAAAGUGUUGAUAAUCUCUUGGAAUUCUCCAAGAGAUUUCGCGGGCUCAAAGAUCAAGCAAAAAAAAAGAAAAAAAAGAUACAGGACAAAAAAGAAUGUCCGGACAAAUAAUAUUUCUGGCCAAAGUGGCGCGCGGGUUUAUUUUUAGGCUAAAUAGGAAAGAUUUUGCAAAAUAGCAAAGUAAAAAAAAAAUAAAAUUGUUAACUCUUUUUUAAUCAAAAUGACAUGAAGAGAGAGAGAUUCUGUUAAUCUCCAAGGCGCGGAGAGAUGAUUUUUAAUAAAAUUGUUGUAAAUAGUAGAAAUGAAAGAGCGAAUGUAGUCAAAGAGAUAAUUUUUGAGCGCGAUGUGUAAAUAAGCCAAGAUAAAUGUGUAUUUAUUUAAAAAGCGUACAUAAGCCUAGGAAGAAAUAUAUAUACAGAAAAACUUUGUAAAUAAAAAAAAGAUUGAUAAAAA